GAGUGGACUUACCCUAUGAGACGAGAGAUGCAGGUACGACAACUUUUAAUUUAUUCAAAUGACCCUAUUAUUUAAUAACUUGUGCUUACUGCACAAAGGAGACCUGCUGUUUCAUAGUCUGUAGGGUUGUCAUAUUUACAGUUAUAAGUAUUGUGCAGUAUUAGGGUAUCGUGUGGUAAAUAUGUUCCAUUUGUGUCAAAAUCUUAAUAUGUAAAAUGAAUUGUCUAUAUUGUUUGGAUUAGAUUUAAGGUCAUAGCAAUAUGUGGAUGUGCUUGAUGAGUCACUGUUUUUCCUUAUUUAAAAAAUGAAGUGCUUAUGUUCCUUUUAAAGCAGUUUGCUUUCCUGUCUAAUUUGGAUAAAUUCAAGAGACUUGACUGUAAAAUAAUUUUAGGUAGUUACUCAUUUUUUUAUGUCUACUUCCCGGUUGACAUCUGUAACUGACUUAACUAUAUUCAGUGAGUUGAUGGCUUACUGUUGGGAAUGAAUGCCCCUCUUUUAUAUUUCUUAUCAUUUGCAGUCAGCUUCGUUAGUCCUCAAUAUAAGCAGUGCCCUCACUCUUGACCCUGUAUCUUCCAAAGGCCUGCUUCCUUUCUUAAUGAAAACUCACUUUUAAGUGACUCGUCUUUGGGAAGCCCACCAUGCUCUCUGGUGUCUUGCUUUCCUUCUAAGUAUUUUUCUCUUAACCUCAUGCUUUAUUAAACCCCAACUCGGCUUCAUUAAAAAGGAGAGAGAGAAGAAAGCUCCUUUUAGACCUUUAACUGUAUGUGACAUAUGUGAGUACAUAUGAGAACAACCCUGUGCUAUGGGAAAUGCACACAUAAGUAAAAUGUAAUUCAUACUCGUAAGAUGCUCUUGGGACCAUUCCUAUCAGCUCUGCACUCAAGAGACUAGGGCAGGGGACCUGCCUGGAGUUUAGGGCCGUAUCUAUAGUGAUUGAUUACUGUUGACUAGUUUUUAUUUACUGUGAUGAAGUUGUAUCCUGUGUCAUCUUGUGCUGCUUUGGUUCUGAAGGAAGGACAGGGUCUGAUUGAGUUCCCACUGACCUGGAUCUUCUGUGUAACCCAGACUGCUCCAACUUAGGAUCCUCUUCCUCAGCCUCCUGGGUGCUGGUGCUGGAACUACAGGGUGCUCCACUACACUUGGCUCCACACUGCUUUCUGUUUUGACCAAAUAAAAGUUAGAGUAACCGUAAUUCUAACAGGGUGCUUUUCUUUAUGCCUGUUUUAUUUUUAGGUUAUAAAUAAUAAUAGAAGUUAAGGUUUUUAUUAAUGUGGAUGUCGAUAAUAUAAUGUGCUGAUUAUAUCCAAUCCUACUUAUAAAAAGCAUUGUAGGAACUUGAAUAUCUGACUUUUUAGAAUAAAACUUAAAUCGGGAACAUUUCACUUGAAUUUAUAAAGGCACACCUAUUAUUUCUUAUCCCAGUUUGCUAUAUAUGCCUAGGAAAUGCUCCUUGAUCAAAGUUUUCACCAGAAUAUUGCAAAGGCUAUUAGCCCCUGUACACAGAGACAGUUGACCUAUGCGAUACAUAUUUGCUAUGGUUUAAACUUUACCUAUGUGUUUUCCCCUAGGAAGUUUUGCCUGGAUUGUUCUUAGGCCCCUACUCUUCUGCUAUGAAAAGCAAGGUAUGAACUUUAGGCUACCUAUACUGCAGAAACAUGGCAUAACUCAUAUAAUUUGCAUACGGCAAAAUAUUGAAGCAAACUUUAUUAAACCAAACUUUCAACAAUUAUUUAGGUAUCUAGUCUUGGAUAUUGCUGAUAAUCCAGUUGAAAACAUAAUACGUUUUUUCCCUAUGACUAAAGAGUUUAUUGAUGGAAGCUUACAAAAUGGAGGAAAAGUUCUCGUCCAUGGGAAUGCAGGUAUCUCUAGAAGUGCCGCCUUUGUUAUUGCAUACAUCAUGGAGACAUUUGGGAUGAAGUACAGAGAUGCAUUUGCUUAUGUCCAAGAAAGGAGAUUUUGUAUUAAUCCUAAUGCUGGAUUUGUCCACCAACUUCAGGAAUAUGAAGCCAUCUACUUAGCAAAAUUAACAAUACAGAUGAUGUCACCACUCCAGAUAGAAAGGUCUUUAUCUGUUCAUUCUGGUACUACAGGUAGUGUGAAGAGAACAUAUGAAGAUGAUGAUGACUUUGGGAACAUGCAAGUGGCAACCGCACAGAAUGGCUGACCUGUGAGGACUGUUAUUGCACAGGAUCGCUGGACUAUGAGGACUGUUACAUGGGUGUGAGCUUCCAUCUAGAAAGGACAGGAUCCUAGUGAUGAUAAUGUGAAAUGGUAAACACACAAAUACUUUCUUUUCAACUAUACGUUGCUUCCAGACAUGUUUCUCUGCAACUUGUUGAGCAACAAGUUAAGAUGUGGGACUUCUGCAGUAGAUGGCGCUGAUGGACGAUGGGUUUACUUUAAAAAAAAAAACUAUGGUUUUAUUAUAAACCAAGAAUUUUGGACUUGCAAAGAGGUAUUAUUGCAAUAAUGCACUUUUCAUACUUGAAAUUUAUUUGUAUGAUAUAAAGUUAUUACUUUAAACAAAAUACAAGUUAGGGGGAUUUGUUUAUAGGUUUUGGAUAAUUUAUAACAAAUUUCCUAAUGUUUCCUAAAAAUUCAUUUUGUGUUAUAUAUUACAUUUAAAGUAAUUUUACAGUUCAAUUUUAUGACGGAGCCUCUUACAGAAACAUUAACAAAAUGUAGAACUUGUCCACAUUUUUUAGUAUAAUUCAGUAACUUGAUUACCAUUUUUUUAAACUUCUUGGUCCCGUAUCUUUAAAUCAUGACUUUAGCAACUAGCCUACUUUACUAAUUUAAUACAGUUAAUACUUCCUUUCCAGUUGUCUCCCUUAUUCUAAAUGAGAAAAGUUGUAAUGAUCAAAGAGGUCUUACUUUCUAGAACCAGAUACUCAAAAAUAAGGAUAGUGUUAUGUUUUCCACAUGACUUUUUCCACUUGCUGUUUAAGCCAAAUGUAGACUUGGUCUUCUCAGAGUUGCCUAGCUCUAACUCUUGUCCAAAAUGGUUCAAAGUAGACCAAACCAAUGUAGCACUGUUUCUUCAAUAUGAAACCCCCAAAGAAAAGUGCCUUGCAUCAGCAAACAAGUAAAUCCUCAUGACUUCUAAAUUAGUAUAUAAAGCAGUGAAAAGCUAUUAACGUUUUUUUCUAUGAUUUCUUGUUUUUGAACCAUAAAUUAAAUCUGUGAUGCUUGACAAAGGUGAAUUAUUUGGAAGGAGACAUUUACUUCUACUUUACGUUGUAUUACUUCUGUGAGGUUCAGCUGACAGCUUUGCUUUGAAGGUGUAUCCCUUGGGGAAAGCAAUUUGUGGGUAGCUUCAGUGUAUUGUAAAUUACUGUUUUAACUUGUUCCUAAAGUAACUCAAAUUUACACCAUGAUUUGCAUUAGCAACGUCAUUUUAUGGCUCUUUAGUUUUCCAUGUUUUUAUCUAUAUGUAUAAAAAUUGUUCUACAAAAAAAUUUAUUAUUGUGUGAUGUGCAGACGAAGUGUUUUUAACUUUUUGUAUAUGAUGACUUUAGGGUAGCACAAACAUGGCUUCUUUAUAGCUCACAUUUCUCAGUCCUCUUUCGAGAUGCUUUACUGUUGAGAAUGAUACCCACACACUUCCAGGAUACCCUGAGGCACUGUGCACGGUUAACAGGUUACACUUAAGUUACUUGCUUUGCUCACACCUUAUGACAUUAACGUAUAGAAAGGCUCUUUGUCCUUCACAGGGGAGCCUGAGUAUAAACCAGAGUUACUGCUCCCUUGGCCUCUGUCCUCUUCUGGUUCCCAUCCCGUCCCCUAUCUUUUCAGCCUAAUGAACAGCAUUGUUUUUAAUUCUCUUGUCACAGGCAUGGUGGUCUAAUAGAGCCAAGAUCACAUUGGGUAUUAAAGUUUCUGUACACACAUCACCACCCGACAGGUCAACAAAGAUCUCCCUUGGAGUCAGCCCAUAAUCUAUGAACAGAAAUUGUGCUUAUUAAAGCAAUCUCCAUUUUAAAAAAAUGUUUUUUUCAAGAUGAGACAUUUGAAGUAACUUUUUAAAGUAAGUUUUAUAAAAAUAUGUGUUCCUCUUUAAAUAGGAGUCUGUUCAAAAUUAGAAGUUAUUGACAGUCAUUUGUAGCUUGUAAUUUUCCAUUUUUCUAACCACUGUCAUUUUUUCUUCUCACAUAAAGUGCCUAUCCAGCACAAUAUACUGGAGACAGUCUCGGACACUAGGGACUGCCAUCAUGUUGAGCACAGUUGAUAUGGACAGAUGAGGUCCUUUCAUAAGAAGCCUCCAAGUUUCUUUCCUUCCUCUGCAUUUACUAAAUAGCUUUAGGUUCCAUUUCCAGUGGUGUUUUGUAAUACUAUGAUAAACUAAUCCAAUCAUGAUUUAUUCAUUCUCUAGACAACUUGAAUAGUGUAUGAAUGUUCACCCAGUUUCAACAUUAAAUAUGUAAGCUGGGCUUAUAAUUAAAACAAAAUUUUAUCAAAAUAUAAGGAACUUCAUUACUCCCCAUUUUAACAGAUCCUGGAAACAAGUGGGGGAGUCAGUCUUCUCCUCAUUUAACUGAUUCAUGUUAGUUUCUUGUCUACUAGAUGUCCCAGCUCUGUGGUAGGAAUGAUCAAGUGCACUAACUUUGCUACCAACUUUCAACCGCUUGUAGAGCAGAAUAUUCAUUUGAAGGGUGUGGGGUUGUCUAGAAGUAAUGUCAUAAAAUGCUAAGCAUGUCCUCUGUAAUAAAACAUAAGGUUCUUAAUAGUUUAAUUACUAUGGAAUUCAGAUUACUUAGAAGUAUUUAAGUGCAAUCUUGAAUUAUGAAGUUGAGAUGUAUAUAUUAGGAUGUCAACUUGAUGUAAAGUAAAUGAGCAGUUACCUGAUGGAUCUUUUUUAAUAACUGGUUUAAUCCACAACCCUAAAGCGUAGCUUCACUCAGUAUUUAUAGUAUCUUUGUCCAUUCAACAACACUCCAAUAAGGAAAUAGUAGGAAAUAGCUGAGAAUUACUGGAGGAUUUUAUUUAUUUUUAUUAGGAAAAUAAGUUUCUAGAGUCUUGAGUGCUGGAUAAUUCUUUUGUCUUUCCCAUUCAUGGCAGCUAAAAAAAAAAAAUCACUCAAAAUAUUCAGGUUUACAUGUUAUGCUCUUAUAAGGAGCUAUCAUACCUCACAAUUCAAAGUGUUUUCUCAAUCAGUAACAUGAUACUGACAUGUAAUUGCAAUUUACUAUGCAGCAAUGAUUCAAGAGAAAUAACAUGCGUGUCUAUUUACCUCUGUAUAGGCAAUGCUUACAUUACUCUACUUUCAACAUUUGUACUCUGAUAAAUGCUUAUGUAUGUAUAGGAAUGUCACAGUGAAGAUGCUGCUAGCCCGGGCACAGAGUAUUAAAGUUAUUUUGUGCAGACUGGUGGUUGUAUUAAAACUGUGUGCCAUUCUA